AUGAGUCCACCUUCACUAGCGUUAAGCUCUAAGUUCUAUAAAUCCGUGCCUUUUGAAAAUGCUAUACGGCUCAUUAGUACGCUUCAAUCAACGAAGGGCCCAUGUUUGAUGAUCGCUUCAAUUGGCAAUCCUGAACCUGAAUAUGCUGGAACGCGUCACAAUGUUGGACACUGGUUUUUAAGUGAAUUAGUGGAGAGCAGUUGGAAUAAUUUCAGACCAUUUUCAGUUCGUAGUGACUUGCCCUAUGGUGAAUACAGCUCGUCGACUGAUUGUCCUAACAUGCUACUUUUCAAAUCGAAUCUCACCUUAAUGAAUAUUCAGGGCAAACCAGUCUCUAAGGUAUGGCAGACAUUCAAGAAUGCUAAGGGUCAAGAAAAUUCACCAUCAUUAGUCAUAGUUCACGAUGAAAUACAAAUACCAUUGGGAAAGAUUCAAGUGAGAAAGCGAAAUACUAGUGCCCGGGGCCAUAAUGGUCUUAGAUCAAUUAGCUCUUGUAUGGGUCAGAAUUAUACCAAGAUUUGUAUCGGAAUAGGCAAACCUAAUGAUCAAAACGUAGCCCAUUACGUUUUGUCAAAAUUUAAUCAACAUGAGGAAGAAAAGCUAUACGAGUCAUUCCAAAAAUUCGUAUCAAUUUUGGAAGAUAUGAGAGAAGGCAAAUAUGUGUAUGAAGUCCACAAUCCUAAAGUGCAUUCGUGA